AUGACACUCAAUACAGCACCGCUGCAAACCUUGCACGCUGACUUCGCCGAACUCACGCUCGAUGAAGCGCUAGUUGCCUUGCGCCAACGCUUCGACGGGCGCAUUGCAUUUUCCACCAGUCUCGGGCUGGAAGACCAAGUGAUUACCGAUGCCAUCUUCCGCAAUGGCUUGGACAUCGACGUAUUCACGCUGGAUACCGGGCGUAAUUUCAAAGAAACCUACGACACGCUCGACGCAACCCGCAAAAAGUACGGGCAGGCAAUCAAAACCUAUUACCCGCAAACCUUGGCGAUUGAACACUACGUCACCAUCAAAGGCAUUAACGCGAUUUACGAAUCAGUCGAAAACCGCAAGGAAUGCUGCACCAUCCGCAAGAUCGAGCCACUCAAUCGCGCCCUCCAAGGCGCACAAGUGUGGAUCACCGGUCUACGUGCCGCACAAUCCAGUUUCCGUGCCGACAUGAGCUUGUUUGAGCGUGACGAGCAACGCAAUCUGGUGAAAUUCAACCCGUUGUUGAAUGCCACCUCUGAACACUUGUGGGGUUAUGUGCGCAAGUACGACAUCCCUUACAACCAACUGCAUAGGCAA